UGUAUCAUUGGGCGGCUGCUCCACUCCAGCUUACGUAUCGAUGGCUAUAUUUUGCAACAUAGCGAAGUUGUUCAUCCAAAAAUGCUCUUUCCUUCUGUCCUUACUACAGCUCGCGUGGAGGACAGCGACUCGGAACUAGACCACAUCUUCGAUUCGGAUGAUGAAGAUGUCGGCGUUCAACCUGCGCCGCAAUCCGUCCGGGUCCCCAGCGAGCAUUCCGACUCCGAAAUCGAUUUAAGCGACAGCAGCGCUGAUGACGUAGCAGGCGACAAAGACUUUGCCUUGGAGGCUGAUGAGCUGGUGGAAGAAGACCGGCUCAGCGAAGAUAGUUUUGGAACUGAACAAAGUUUCCGGGCUCCUGCAAGGAAAGGACUGGCGGCUCGCAAAGGCCAGGCCGUCGCCAAACCCAAGAGAGGUUCCUCCAGAAGUGAGUUUGCCUUAGCUGAAGAGAAUCCAGAUCUCUACCUUCUGAGGAGAUCAGGUCGGGCUCGAGCAGCGCCUGAGCGCUUGAACACCUUUGGAUCGAACGAUUCAUCUGCGGAUGACGAUGGAAACGAUGAUAGUUAUGGUCGCAGGCGGAAGAAGCGGAUUGGAAAGGGCCGGGCGACGGCUAAGGCACCUAUGCGUCAGCGGAAAGUUGCGCAUCGUGAUGACUUCGUGGACGAUUCUCCCGUCAAUAGCGAAGAUUCUUCGGAAUCUGACUUCGAAUCUCCGAGUGCCGCUAAACGUCGCCGGCAGAAGAAUGCGAUGAUGUGGGAAGACGAACCAAGAUACUCAACCAGACGACGGAACCCAGGACUCGAUUAUAAUGAGAACGAUGCUGGCUUGGGCUCCGGUGAUGAGGAUCCCUUCGAGGACGAUGUCGUUCUGGCACACGCAGAAGUCACAGGACCAGUAAUUGAUGGCUUCUUUGAUGCGCGCACCGUUGCUGUGACUACCGAAGAUGGGCGUACUGAGGAACAAACACAGUACCUUGUGAAGUGGCUAGGGAAAUCCUUCCGCGAGCUUGAUUGGUGUGAUGCGGCUUUUCUGGAGCCGCUCAAAGGAUUUAGGAAGAUUGAAAAAUUCCAGAAAGAGCGAGAAGAAACAGAGUUUCUUUUGUCGGACCCUGACACUACUGACGAGGAUCGGGAGCGGCUCCUGAUGGAGCUUAACGAUAAGAAGGACAUACUAGAAGACCACAAAAAAGUGGACCGAGUGAUUUGCCAUCGAGCUGCUUCGGAGCCAACCGACGGUGACUUCGCCGGAACAAUGUAUCUGACGAAGUGGCGCGGUCUCGGUUACGAGGAGUGUACCUGGGAGACGGCGGCAUCACUUGCCGAGGAUCAGUUGGAGAUCGACCGGUACCUCGCAAGGGCGACAAGCAGCCGGAUCCCGUCGAAAAGCGCGACCUACCGGGCCGGCGCAAGGCCCGAGUACAAGGCCUUCAAAUCAGCGAACUUCUUAACGGGCGGUGAGCUCCGAGACUUCCAAGUCAUUGGAGUCAACUGGAUGGCUGAUUUAUGGCAUCACGACAAAAACGGCAUCCUUGCUGAUGAGAUGGGCCUUGGCAAGACGAUUCAAACAGUCUCCUUCGUCGGCUACUUGUUCCACAAGAUGAAACUCUUUGGUCCGCAUUUGAUUGUCGUGCCCUUGGGAACAAUCACUGCUUGGCAGCGAGAAUUUGCUAAAUGGGUUCCAGACGUGAACGUUGUGCUCUAUCAGGGUACCGGGAAAGGGCGAGCGAUCAUCCGCGAGAACGAAUUCUAUCAUGACCCGGAGAAGAGGAACAUACGCUUCAACGUGUUGCUCACUACCUACGAAAUGAUCAUCACAGACAAAGCCCACCUCGGCCGGAUCAAGUGGGCUUUCCUUGCGGUUGAUGAGGCUCAUCGGCUCAAGAAUGAAACUUCGAAGUUACACCAAACCCUCUCCAAGGAAUAUAAGAUUGCGAACCGGCUCCUGAUCACUGGCACGCCCCUGCAAAACAACGUACAGGAACUGAUGGCUCUCAUACAGUUCCUGAUGCCUGGAGCUCAUAUUGAUAUGAACUUGGAAAUCGAUCUCGAUGCUAGCGAUGAUCAGGAGCAGAAAGCAAAAAUCGAGUAUCUUCACGGCCUUCUGAAACCCAUAAUGCUUCGGCGUUUGAAGAAAGAUGUAGAGACAUCUUUACCGGGCAAAACGGAGCGCAUCCUGCGAGUGCCGAUGAGCGACAUGCAAAGUACGUACUACAAGGCUAUCUUUACGAAGAACUUCGCUGGGAUGAAGAAUGACGUGAAGAUCAGUCUUCAAAACGUCGUCAUGGAGCUCAAAAAGGCGAGCAACACGCCGUUCCUCUUUAAGAACACUCGGAACAUGGAUCUUGAUCGCAAUGAAGCGUGCCGUGAGCUCGUCAGAAGUUCCGGAAAAUUCAUGGUCUUCGAUCAGCUUUUGACCCGAUGCAAAGCUCAGGGACGUCGCGUUCUUGUCUUUUCCCAAAUGGUGAUGAUGCUUGAUCUCUUGGCCGAUUACAUGACCUAUCGCGGUCAUCAAUUUCAACGGUUGGACGGUACGGUGAAUUCGGAAUCGCGGAAGAGAGCGAUGGAUCAUUUCAACGCUCCUGGCAGUACGGACUUUGCUUUCCUUCUGAGUACCCGAGCUGGGGGGCUCGGUCUCAAUUUGGAAACGGCAGAUACCGUUAUCUUGUUUGACCUGGACUGGAAUCCUCAGAAUGAUCUCCAAGCUAUUGCCAGAGCGCAUCGAAUUGGUCAGAAAAAUCAUGUGCAAGUUUACCGACUUAUAUCCGCGAACUCCAUCGAGGAACAAAUUGUAGAACGCGCCAAACGAAAGAUGGUUCUAGAGUACGCCAUCAUUCAACAGAUGGAGAAUGGAGGACCUGUUGAUGACCGGAAGCUUACUGAAGAGCUUGCAAAGCCCUCGGGCGAUGAACUGUCAACCAUCCUGAAAUUCGGAGCCAAGAAGCUUUUUGAGCAAGCCGAAACCGCAGAAGCUAGGGCGGAUGAGAAUGGGGGAGCCACUGCAGGCAGGCUAGACUUGGACGAGAUUCUAGCUACAGCUGAGGAAACUGAGUUGGGACAUGCACAAAGCGCCUCUGGAGGCAGUGAGGAAUUUAUGAAAAGAUGGGAGUCGAUGACGGUAGAAGUGAACCAGCUCGCUUGGGACAGCUUGGUCCCUACCGGAGAAGACGAGCGUAAUCAAGCCGAUAAGCUGUUCCCUGACGCCAUCCCGCCACCGGUCAAACCUACACCUGCCAAAAAGGGGAAAAGUAAGGCCGCAGAUGCAGAGAAGCCGGUACCAGCCAAGAACGGGAAAUCUCGCAAGAAGAAUGCAGCCGCGCAGGCCACCACUCUGGACCGAAAGGCAGUGGAAAAUUUAGUCAGUGCUCUGAUGAUGUGGGGGAAUGUGGACUUGAAGUUCCCUGAUCUCGUUGCCGCUGCUGGCUUAGAGGACAAGGACCCUCAGGUCGUGAAGGAGCACGCGCAGGGGAUAUUGGCAGCCUGCGAAGAUGCAAUUCGAUCUCAUGAGAAGUCAUUGGAGGGGCGCGGCCCUACGAAAGCCGAGAAAGAGAAGGCGAUACAUGUGGAGUACAAAGGCGCGAAGGAAAUAAACGCCCGAAAGAUGUUGGAACGGGCGCCUUUGAUGGAGUCGCUUAUCGAGGAGAUGAGUGGUCAUCCCCGACUGUCAGCGUUCCGUCUGGACAACACCGACCUUGGCGCAACUACCAAGUGGAAUUCCACACCGUCGUGGGAUAUCAAAGACGACUCGAUGAUGCUCGUGGGCAUGUACAAGCAUGGAUUUGGGAACUGGCGAGCAAUGCAGGAGGACGAGGAGCUGGGACUCAGUGGGAAGUUCCAUCUUGGUGGCGAACGCAGCACGGAUCAAAAGGACAAGCUUCUUCCGAAGAAGUUGCAUCUUGAUCGGCGCGCUCUCUACUUGCUCAAGGAGCUGAAAGCGCGCAAGGACCAAAUGCGAGCAGUGAAGAAGGAACGAAAGGCGGGGAAACAACCCAGCGGCAAGAUACCCAGCAAGAUCAACUUAAAAAUUGGCAGACGACAGGAAGGGGGAGACGUCACGAACACACCACGAACAGCUGGCAACGGGCGUGCCAAGAGGGAGCGAGAGCCUAGCAAUUCAACACCGCAGACGCUCCCAGAACCACAAAAGCGAACGAACGGAGAAGAAAAGGAUCUCUCUGCUGGCUUCGAAAAAUAUGCGGAAAAGUUCAAGUCGAUGUUGCGUAGCAUGGGAAAACAACUGAGGGCAUUAAAGCAGCAACCUCCUCAAGACGACGUGCGGAAAGCAGAAUGGAUCCAAGCCAGAUUCCUUGGAGAGUUCAUCCCGGUCGCUGACCAUAUCAGUGAUGAAUUAAAAACAUGGGAUCUGACCCCACGCGCACAGAAAGGGCGCGAAGCACAAAUACUGCGGUAUAUUGCGGAGAACCAUCUGUUCCUGAGCGACGCAGGCAAAGUAAUGGAUUGGAGAAUUCUCCGUCAGUUUUACGAAUCGAGACUUGUCGACCGAGAGGCCAAGCCAAAAGCAGCACAGGAAGCGCAGCCACCUUCGCCUGUCGAAGGCGAGAAAGGCAGGCGUAAACGCCCCGCAUCUUCCUCACCCAAUCGAAACGACAUAAAGGCUCGACCUCACAAGUUACGCCGUGACGGAGGGGAAACCCCUCCGCACACCCCUACUGAGGAGCCCGAUUCUCCCCCAGCAUCACAACGGCGCCGGUCGUCGGACGGAGAUGAGGGAAAAUCACAUGAUGAAGACGGUGGGGAUCGUAUGGUGGGAGUUGCUAAGCGCAAAUUGGAAGAGAUUCCUGACAACCUAUCUCGACCCACGAAGCGACAUAGCGGCAUAUUAGCGGGGUUGGGCGAAGGUUACCGCAUCCCUAAGAAGGUCGAGGUGAAGGUGAAGGAAAGGAGCCCUGUGCGCGGGCCGCCUCCAAGAUCCAGCAGCCCGCCGCCGCGAAAAUCUCGUAGCCCAUCGCCGCCACGAGGACGACGGGGUAGUGAUGCUCACCGCGACGUCCGUGAAAGUCGUGGUGGGCGCGAUCGGGAGAGAGACCGGGACCGCGACUGGGACAGGGACCGUGACCGUGAUCGUGAUAUCGAUCGCCGGCGGGGGUCUCGAGGGGGCGGCGGCGGGAGCGGCGGUGGAGGGCGCGACCGGGAUAGAAGUCGGGACCGCCGAGGUGGGCGGCAUUACAGCCCGCACUCGCGGCGGUAGUCGAGUGCGGAGAUGUUGGUGUGGGGUGAUAUCCUGAUCCUGAUGGGACUCUUACAAGCUGGUGGGGCUGACUAAGCCGCGUAACUUUUCAGGAGCAUAUUAUACUGUUUCACGAAAUACAUGAGCCUUUGUCAUUAGCGAUCUCUG